CCAUGAUUUAGCCGAAUAUGUUGAUAGUUAUUGCCCUUCUAUAUCGCUAAUAGCGGCUAGCUUUUCUUCUUAGCAGAAGUUGAAAAACUGAUGAUUGUCAUCGUGACAAUAAUCUAACUAUCUUUCUUUUUACACUCUUUUAAAUAUAGUCAUCACCACAACUGCCAUGCCGACGGACGUAGAUACCUUAGUAGAAAUGGGUUUUCCUGUCCACAGAGUGUAAGUUCCCGUUAAAAAGUGGUUAGGCUCAGCCGCCAGCGGGGCUUAGUUAUAAUUAUUAAUAUACGUAGACCUAUUUUAAACUAUUUUAAAUUCGAUUUUAUUUUACACUUUCACUUUCAUUAUUAAUCUUAAACAGUGUGAUAGUAUUCUAGUAGGCCUAAUAUUAAUAAUACUAAUUUGUCAGGUCUAGGCUAUAUAUACUUUAUUAUAAAUUUUGUCUAUCUUAUUGACUAUUACUAUGUGUGAGUCGUGUGUUAGUUUAAUAAAAAAAAAUGUAUUACUUCCACUUUUUGUGGUAAAGUUUUAAAAAGAACUGUUAGGAUGCUAUUGUCCUAGUCCUAGUGUAAAAAAUGUAUACAUUUCUUGCAGUUACUGCCCUAAGAAGGCUUUGGCUUUGUGCCUAAUGUCUCAUUUUAACUUUUCAUUUUCAGGGUAUUAUUUUAAAAAUAAAAUAACUUUAAACUAGGCCGAAGGCAUAGGCCUAAGAUAAAUAGAGAUAAGAUGUUAUAUAUAAAGCCAAUAAGCUUUGUCUUUACCACUGGCACUGGGGUAAACACGACAUAAAACCUGUUUUGAGUGGUUUACAUCUACUAUUUUGCUGUAGAAAUGACAAUUUAAAGUCUAUGACUACGACAUUACAUCAAGCCUAAAACCUACCAUUUAGUUUUUUAUUUACUCUUAAAAUAUUUCAUAUAGGAGCUUCUCACCCCCCUCCCAUAUCAAUUUUUUUAAAUUGAUAGAUUUAAAUUAUGACAUACAAGGCAGUUAAAUAAAGUACUGAGUAUUUGCAUAGCAUGUUAAGAAUAAUGUAACAGGUUUUAACCCACUUUUGAUUUUCUAACCGCCUAAGCCUAUGGCUGUUUGACUUUACAAGUACCAAUUUUUUAAAUCGGCUGAAUGAAAUUAUAAGAUAACACUCAAAAAUUGCACCAUAUGCAUGGAACCAUAUAGCAGUCCAAAGCUGUCACUAGGCGAAAUAUUACUGUUACAAUAUUUAGCAGGCUUAAUUAUGAAAUCAGAGCAGCAGUAUAAGGUCAAUAAUUACAAAACAUUACGGUUUUAUUUUUAUAGCCUUUGAAAAUAAUUAUAAAUCGUGAAUUUCCCAGAUUUGUAUGUGACAUUUGGUUAUAGUUAUAUAGAAUAUGGGAGUUAUAAAUAGGCUACAUGUGGACUGUCUGAAUUUCAGGAUAAUAAUGGAAGAAUUAGUUCAUAAAUGUACAUACACAUUCUGACAAGAAUCCACUCUACCCAAAAGCAUCAGUAUUCAAAGCAUCCUAAAUCAACAGCACCCCUCCCCCUCAGUGAUUACAUAAUAUAUGAAUAAUCUCUAAGUGGAGUUGGGGGAAAAGCUAUUUUCAAGUGUAACAUUUAUAAAGUAUUUCUUAACCAAUUCUAAAAAUUAGAAGUUUUACAAUAAUUGCAAAAUAAGGUUUCACAAGCUGCAGUCGAGUACUUUACCAUUGAUUCUCCAUAAAUCAUAUAAAAUUAGUGUAGAUUUUGUUAAUAUGUUACUAUAUAAUUUUAAUUAUUGUUUGAUUUUUUUUUAAUAGUCAUGUAUCUCAAGAAAUAAGUAAUAGUAAAAGCACUGUAAUGUGCACAGUUCAAGAUAUAAGUAAUAGUAAUAGCACUUUUAUGUGCAAAGUUCCAUUUUGCACAAUAAAAUGGGCUGUAAGAGAAUAGCUGGUAUUUCAAAAUCAAGGCAAAGUUUAUAAGCACAGCAAUUGCAUCUUAAAUUAUUUUUAAAAAUUUAAAGCAGUUAAUAUCAAGACUUAAAUUAAUGCAUAUCUGUGCCACUUGUUUGUCUUCACUGAUUCAAAGCACAUGGCUGAUCGCCUCCUACGCAAACUUUUUGCACUUCACUAUACUCAAAGAAAGAAAACAAAUUCCUUCACAUAAUAUUUUGUUACACAAUAAUGAUUUAUUUUUCCUUUUUGUCCCUCUACAAUAAGACAAAGAGCUUUAGCUAAGACUGGAUAUAAAGGGGUGCAGUUGGCCAUGGAUUGGUGAGUAUUUUAAUACUGUUAACAAUAACUUAAAUUGUUAAAUAUGCUAAAAUAAUGUUUCAGUGUGAAAAGAACAGUCACUCAAGGGUGGUUCAUCAUAGUUUCUCUCCCUUUGUGUGACAGCGCAAUGGAUAAAUAAAGGGUGUAAAAUAAUAUUUGUUGAUCAGUGUGUAUAAGCCUGGUCGUUACCACUCCAGUAAUUGCUGUUAGAGACUUGAGGAUGGUUUAGGGACAUGUUGUAUUGUACUAACUGAUCAGUCUUGCUUGAGAUUUUGUCCUGCGAAGUCUACACCAUCAUCACAUUGUGACUGACGGAUGCCGGAAAAAAGUGACAAAGAUGGGGUUUUUUUACUAGAAGUACCAUUGACAUACUUUCAUUUCACUCAAACAUUACUUCCAAUAUUCUCAUCAUUCACAACUCUUUAUUUUCGCCAAAAGAAAAUUUUAAAAAUAAUAAUUUGUUUUCAUAAUUUGUGAGUAUCAUCUUUAUUACUCUUCAUUCUUAUCAUCGACUAAAUUAUUAUACAUGUUCAUUAUUUUCACCUCGGUCUUUAAAUGAAUAACUCUGCUUUUUGUUAUAAUUGUUUAUUACUAUCAAUAGGUUGUUUGCCCAUUCUGACGAUCCUGACAUAGAUGAACCUUUUGAGGCCCCAAAGGAUCAUGUGCUAGGGAAAGGUAAAAUAAGGGAUUCAUUAUGUUCUUUCACAAAAUACAUGUCCAGCUUGUAGCAUUCAUUUUUAUGUUACAGAAAUUACAGUACUCUAAUGCAGUGUUUCCCAAAGUUUUGUAUGUGUACCCCGGGGGUACGGGAAGAGUUUGGUGGGGGUAUGUGCUGCAAAGGAAAAGAGUAAAUAGUUGGGUUUUUUUUUGUUAUUAAAGUAUAUGCAAUUUAUUUUUUUGUGAGGGUUACUCAGUGUCAUGAAAAUUAUAGACAGGGGUACACAGAUGUCAAAAGUUUUGGAAACACUGCUCUAAUGCACUGCACAUAUCUAUCCAGAUCUCAUACUGUCAUCUGUAUAUCAAAAACUUCAUUAAAUAAUUACUCUUCUUGAUAGGCUACUAAUUUCUGUGUGUUUAACUUUUGAGAGUAUUUUUGUCUCCCACUUUUAAAAUAUGUUUUGAAUAGAUAAUUGCAAAAAAUGAUUUAUUUUUUGUUUUCUCCUGCAGCAGAUGAAGGAACAGCCAGUACGCCUUCUAGUGAUUCUCAAGCUGAUACAAGUGUAACAGAAGAGUCUCCAGAUGGGGAUGCUAUGCAUGCAAAGUCCUUAAAAUGUGAUGAGUAAGAAUCUAGCUUUAUAACACAAUCAGGGAGUCUAGAUUUACAUCACAAUCAGAGAGUCUAGCUUUAUAACACAAUUAUAGAGUCUAGAUUUACAUAACAAUCGGAGAGUCUAGAUUUAUAUCACAAUCAGAGAGUCUAGAUUUAUAUCCCAAUCAGAGAGUCUAGAUUUAUUACAAUCAGCUUUAUGACAAAUAUGAGGUGGAAAAAAAAUUAUGAAUUGAACAUUUUGCCAGUUUUCAAUUUAUAAAGUUUUACAAUUUUAAAUGGUCACAUUGACAAAAGACGAUUAAUUUCAUUUAUUAUGGCUGCCAUUUUAUUAUAUAUUUUAUUGUUUGAGGACUAUUUUAAGAAAUUUUUUAUUAGCAUUGUCAAGGGAAUCAUUGGGAGUUAAAUUACUUACGCCCUAAAUGUGGGCACGGGGUUAGGGGUUAGAAUGAUACAACUUCUGUACGGGGUUCUGUUAGAAUGAUACAACUUCUGUACGGGGUUCUGUUAGAAUGAUACAACUUCUGUACGGGGUUCUGUUAGAAUGAUACAACUUCUGUACGGGGUUCUGUUAGAAUGAUACAACUUCUGUACGGGGUUCUGUUAGAAUGAUACAACUUCUGUACGGGGUUCUGUUAGAAUGAUACAACUUCUGUACGGGGUUCUGUUAGAAUGAUACAACUUCUGUACGGGGUUCUGUUAGAAUGAUACAACUUCUGUACGGGGUUCUGUUAGAAUGAUACAACUUCUGUUCUUUUGCAGGUGUGGAAAGCUUUUAAAAAACCCGAUGGAUGCACAAGCUCAUGCAGCACGUACCCAACAUGCAAGUUUCUCCGAGAGUACGGACGAAGUGAAGCCACUCACCGAUGAGGAGAAGAGAGAUCAGCUAGCAAAGUAUGAAUAAAAGGAUAUUUUUUUUUUUAAAUAAUUUUGUUUUGGUAGGUCCAAACUGUUGAUCGUUCUCAGUGCCAGGGAAAGUUGGAGUACUUAAGACACACAAUUGUCAAGGGGCUGAUAGUUUAUAGUCGACUAGACAUAAAGUAUGCAAAAAGGGCAACAAGGCUAUCAUUAAAACUAAGAAACAUUGGGGGUGUUUUGGAUCCAUCUUUUGUUUGUUUUGGCUGCAGUCAACAUGACCAGGUUUUCCAAUUUUUUUAAUCUUUAUAUUUUGUGCCAGUUUGUAUAAUAAUUUUAAUUGACCAACCAAAUGGUGACCUUAAACCUAAUCCAUUUUCAGUGCGUGUUGAAUAUUGCAAUUUACUGUAUCAAGUUUUCUAACAGCCAAAAGCAAGUGAAGAAAAACGUGGUUACUACCGGUUAUCUACCUUUUUUUUUACUACAAGAAACUUGUUUAACCAGGUUGUGAGAGAUAACUCUGAAAUAAUCUUUUUUGCUUGAUGAGAAACAAAAAAACUUAAAUUUUAAUAUUGUUAAAUGAUGAGUGCUAUAAAUGGUAAACCAGGAAAUCAAAUAGAUAUAAAGCACACCUAAUUUUUACCUGCGACCUAACUGGAUUCACAUGCAUAUUAAUUAUCCCUUAAUUAUAAGAGAGGAAUGAUGUUGAAAGAAUAGUUUUCCCCUAACACAGAGAUCAGUGACCCUUUCAUUAAACUCAAUCCACAGAUUACAAGAAAGACUUAAACAAAAGCGUGUGGAGAAAGAGGAGCAGGAGAAGAGAGAGCAGAUCCAAAGGGAAAAGAUGAGGAGAAAUCAAGGAAGGGAUUUAUCUUUAGCCAAACAGAAGUGAGUGUUGUAUGUGAGUGUUGUGUGGGACAUUUCAAACGUUCUAUUUAACUUGUCAUGAAAUUUGCUCUGUGUUAUUUCUCCAGUUCGUGGAGUGUUUUGUGCAGUCUGUUUAAGAAAUUAAAAAGUUGCUUUCUCAUCUUCUUCUCUUCUUUCUUUGCCUUUUCAACUCCCAGUGGAACAUAUGCCAUUAACAAUUUCUUUCAAUUUGCAUUGGAGCAAAGGCCAUUAACCGUUCUCUUUUCAAGCCUUCCAGUUUCUUGUUGGCUUCUCUAACUCUUUCCAAGCAAUCUCCACCUUCUUUUUGAAUUUCUUGCUACACUGGGUUUUGUGCUGUCCCUCUCUCUGCUGUAUUUUGGAUUUGUACUUUUAUAUCCCUCUCUCUGCUGUAUUUUGGAUUUUGUGGAACCACCUGAUUGUUAGGAUUCUACCAAUUCAACAUUUCAUAAAUGUUUAAAGUCUUUUGACAGUUUAAACUUUGGCAUCCAGGACAAUUUAUCUGGCAAAAUGGGCUGACCAAUGCCAACUCUGUUGAAAGACAUAUAUCGUGAUUUUAAAUCCUUUGAAUUUCAAACGGUUCUUGUGUAGUUUAUGAUUAUUAAAAUAUAAUAUUUGUUAUCAUUUCAGAUUAGAAGAAGCAGAAAUGAAAAAGAUAGCUGAAGAGCGGAGGAGAGAGAAAAAUGAAGAAAAACUGGCCAGGUGGGCAUUAUAAGUUUUACAAUAAACAAUUUUAACACAAAUUUUGAACAUUUCUAAUACAUCCAUUUAUUUUCUGAAUAAGCCGAUAAAUUUUAAUUGUCAUUUUUAUUCCAAUUGUCUGAAAUGAAUUACAAUUUUUUUAUGGCAAGAACUUCACUAUAAAAUAUUCACUAUAAAUUAUUCAGUAAAUUAACUUGGCAUUCAGGAGUCCAGUUAAUUGGUCAUAGUAAUGCAUUCCAUUCAGGAGUCCGGUUCAUUGGUCAUAGUAAUGCAUUCCAUUCAGGAGUCCGGUUCAUUGGUCAUAGUAAUGCAUUCCAUUCAGGAGUCCGGUUCAUUGGUCAUAGUAAUGCAUUCCAUUCAGGAGUCCGGUUCAUUGGUCAUAGUAAUGCAUUCCAUUCAGGAGUCCGGUUCAUUGGUCAUAGUAAUGCAUUCCAUUCAGGAGUCCGGUUCAUUGGUCAUAGUAAUGCAUUCCACACCCAUUACCUUAGUUUUCAUGACUCCACUUUUCAUUGGGCACCAACGUAUGAAGAAUUCCAAAACAAGGUUCUCACAUAGAAUUUAAUGUGCACAUAGCCUUAGAAAUAUUCAAAGGAACUUUGACUGGGGCAGACAAGAAAUAUAGUUGAAUGAUUGUUAUUGAACAGGAGGAAGUUGUCUGUGUAGAACAACUGAUUGUUUGUCUGUGUAGAACAACUGAUUGUUUGUCUGUAUAGAACAAAUGAUUGUUUGUCUGUGUAGAACAACUGAUUGUUUGUCUAUGUAGAACAACUGAUUGUUUGUCUGUAUAGAACAAAUGAUUGUUUGUCUGUGUAGAACAACUGAUUGUUUGUCUGUGUAGAACAACUGAUUGUUUGUCUGUGUAGAACAACUGAUUGUUUGUCUGUGUAGAACAAAUGAUUGUCUGUCUGUGUAAAAAAAAUGAUUGUCUGUGUAGAACAACAGAUUGAGUCAGAUUAGAAAGACAAAGAUCAGACUUGUUGAAUACAUUGGCUGAAUUCUUACAUAACUUCAUUCUCUGACUUCCUAAAUAAAUUCAUUCUCUCAAUUCCUACAUAACUUCAUUCUCUCAAUUCCUACAUAAUCUCAUUGUAGGCAAAGAGUUAAAGAUCAAAUUGAGAAGGACAGAAAAGACCGAGCAGCCAAGGUAAAAGUUAUAAAAAAAAGGGACAACGUUAGAUCAUCAAUAAAUUUGUUAUUUAUUAUCCAAUAACUCUGUAGUAGUAAAAGUAUUUAAAGACAGCCUUAGCUCAUAAAAUAUAGAUUAAUAGUAACUACUUCAUCCAUACUCUCUGAGAAACUUGCAUGCUGAGUACGUGCCGCAUGAGCUGGUGCAUCCAUCUCAUUUAUUUUUUUUAAAAUGAUCUAUGUUUUUAUAACCUAAAUGUAAUCCUGCUGUCAAACGUGUACAUUUCUUAGCUGGCUAAAGAGAAAGAGGAAUCUCAUACGAGUGCACCAACAGUGGCGGUGGCAUCACCUGAGGCCGUGCCCAGUCCUUCGGCCGCUCAUGUACAGAAGGAAUACACUGACUGUAAAUUGCAGGUAUGUAACUCUGUGAACAUUCGAGGCUUCUUCCAUCAGACCAUGAUUUAAUGAAAAAGACUGAUUAAGUUCUUUGUAGCCAAGUAAAUAUCAGGAAUGGUUUUGUUGUUAUGUGUUGCCAAGUAAAUAUCAGGAAUAGUUUUGUUGUUAUGUGUUGCCAAGUAAAUAUCAGGAAUGGUUUUGUUGUUAUGUGUUGCCAAGUAAAUAUCAGGAAUAGUUUUGUUGUUAUGUGUUGCCAAGUAAAUAUCAGGAAUAGUUUUGUUGUUAUGUGUUGCCAAGUAAAUAUCAGGAAUAGUUUUGUUGUUAUGUGUUGCCAAGUAAAUAUCAGGAAUAGUUUUGUUGUUAUGUGUUGCCAAGUAAAUAUCAGGAAUGGUUUUGUUGUUAUGUGUUGCCAAGUAAAUAUCAGGAAUGGUUUUGUUGUUAUGUGUUGCCAAGUAAAUAUCAGGAAUAGUUUUGUUGUUAUGUGUUGCCAAGUAAAUAUCAGGAAUGGUUUUGUUGUUAUGUGUUGCCAAGUAAAUAUCAGGAAUAGUUUUGUUGUUAUGUGUUGCCAAGUAAAUAUCAGGAAUAGUUUUGUUGUUAUGUGUUGCCAAGUAAAUAUCAGGAAUGGUUUUGUUGUCAAACCCGCAAUCAAGGUUUAUUCUGUUUUUUUCCAGUGUACAUUUACAUCAACAAACUUACUUGUAAUCUGUGUUAAAAAAUAUGUCAAAACUUAUUUUUCAAGCACUGGCAAACUAGAUUUGCAUCUGCAGGCAUGAGCUUUAUCUUAGGACAAUCAUUAUUUUCGUUUGAGCCAAUGAAAUGCAAUUAAGAUAAGAUAUAAUUUUUUUAAUGAUUAAAAAAAAAGGUUUCAGUGAGAUUGUACCUAGAUAUUUUCAGCGUGUCAAAUAAAUAAAAGGAAUAGGACACAAUUUUUGAAUAUUUUUUUAAAGCACAAACCCAUUAUUUGUUUUUAUAACCGUGGGGGUGGGGGGCAAACAUGCUGACCAGUUCUGACAGAUUGGAGAACACAUCAUUUGGAAUGUUUAAAUUCAAAUUGCUAUGGCAAAAUUAUCUGCUGAAGAAAAUUACGUCUUAGACACACCAAAGUCUUAGACACACCAAAGUCUUAGACACACCAAAUACCCAAAUAGAAAUAUGGUAACAGGAGAUAGAAUUUUUUUUUUAUAAUUUAUUUCCAAUAAUGCCACAUUAAAAUGUUUUAAAUUUUUUUUAUUUUUAUAAGCAGAAAUUUGUAACAUAUUUCUUUAAUUCUUAACUACUGUAUUUAGGGACUAUAAGGCGCUAAGAUCUAUAAGAGGCACCUUAAUUUGUUAAGCAUUUUUUAAAAAAAUAACAUUUAUACCAUUUUGUAUAUAAAUUUCGAGUACAAGACGCACCUGAAUUUUGGAGGCAAUUUUUCAAAGAAAAAAUUGUGUCUCAUAGUCCGUAAAAUACAGUAAUGCCAUAUGAUUUUGACUAUAUGUGUCUUUGGGGGGUUCUGAGGGAUGCAUCCCAGCACGUACAGUCACAACUGUCACAUUUUUAUUUUAAAAUGUCAAUGAAUUCUUGCCUCCCUCAAGAUUGCUAGUCACAGCGUGAUUCUGCGUGAUUUGAAUUUUUAAAAACUGAAGGUUUUUUUUCUUGUGUCACCUUCAAUCUAUGCAAUCUUGAGUACAGUGCAUUUCUAUCUAGCACAUGUUUAUCUCAGGUGCCAAAAAUUUAUUUUUUGGUCAUUUCUCGUUAUUUACCUCCUGCUAAUAGCCUUAAUUCAUUGAUAUUUAAUUCAUAUUUAGCAGCUCAAAAACAUUGUUAACAAAUUGAAAAAAAAAAUUUAAAAAAAAAAAAAAUUGCAAAGUGGAUUAACUUCCCUUUGUUCAGGUACAUCAACUAAGUUCAGAAGUAGCAUUGUCAACAGAAGAUAACAGUGGCAGCAUUUUGUGGUGAACUAGAUUUAUUCAUUUACCUUUUCAGAUUCGCCUUACAAAUGGUCAGGCACUAACACAAACGUUUGGCGCCAAAGAACCUCUGAGUGCCGUGAGGCUGUACAUAGAAAUGAACAGAACCGACCCUCAGGGGCCAUUCAGUCUCAUGACCUCAUUCCCUAGAAAAGUUUUUACAUCUACUGAUAUGGAAAUGCCUUUAGAUUUAUUAGGUGAGUUUCUUUGUCCGUCACAAAUCUUCUUCUGAAUGUGUUGAGUGCUGCUUCAUAAUACCUAAAAUGUUAUGGUGUUCUAAAAGACCUGCUGUGUAGGUCCUGUGUUUACAUUUACUACUUUGAAGGGCGUUCUAAAAGACCUGCUGGGUAGGUCCUGUGUUUACAUUUGCUACUUUGAAGGGCGUUCUAAAAGACCUGCUGUGUAGGUCCUGUGUUUACAUUUACUACUUUGAAGGGCGUUCUAAAAGACCUGCUGUGUAGGUCCUGUGUUUACGUUUACUACUUUGAAUGGCGUUCUAAAAGACCUGCUGGGUAGGUCCUGUGUUUACAUUUACUACUUUGAAUGGCGUUCUAAAAGACCUGCUGGGUAGGUCCUGUGUUUACAUUUGCUACUUUGAAGGGCGUUCUAAAAGAUCUGCUGUGUGAUUUCCUGUGUUUACAUUUACUACUUUGAAUGGUGUUCUAAAAGACCUGCUGGGUAGGUCCUGUGUUUACAUUUACUACUUUGAAUGGUGUUCUAAAAGACCUGCUGUGUAGGUCCUGUGUUUACAUUUACUACUUUGAAUGGCGUUCUAAAAGACCUGCUGGGUAGGUCCUGUGUUUACAUUUACUACUUUGAAGGGCGUUCUAAAAGACCUGCUGGGUAGGUUCUUUCUGUGUCUACAUUUGCUACUUUGAAUAUGAAUGGAAAGCUAAGUUUAUUUCCCUGAUUUUCAUAAUGUAUUUUUUUUUUUUUCCACUGAUAUUUUGAUUUGACCAUUUCUUUUUGCAUUUUUAUUUUUCAGGCUUGGUGCCAGCUGCAGUAUUGAUGGUGACAAAGCCCCAGUGAUAGUUUUUUGUUUUUUUUAAAUUGAUAUGCAAAUUUAUAAAAGCAUUAAAAAAAAAGAGCUCUAACCUCCCUUCCAGAUGCCGAUUUGGACACCACAAUAAGCCCGCAACAUCUGUCCACUUUGUUUGCUUUGAAGCCAUUUAGACUUUUAAAUGGGAGCUGUCUAAUUAUCAUAUCAUUAUUCUUGUUUGGAGGAUACCAAACAACACAAGAGUUGAAUCUAGAGUAAAGAUUCUCUCAAUCAUCUUUUAGUGAAAUCAUAUUUUGAUAACAUUUCGUUCAUGAAAUAUUUAUUUCCCAUCAAAAUGUAUUCUCAUCAUGCCAGCUGAAGGAACAGGUCAUUAUUUAAAUCAUUUUAAACGCAGUAUAAAAGCUACUUAUUACUUUAAUAGACAUACCCCCCCCCUCCCGACCCAUUACACACUUAACUUUUUAACCUCCCACUCGGUUAAUUUCCAUUUAUAAUUAUGGGUUUUAUAAAUUGUUGAAGAGUUGUAAAUCUUUACCAAAAUAAAAACUUAUGUAUUUAUAAUGAUAUCAGAAAGUUUACGACAACAAUAUAAAUGGCUUUGAUUAUGUUCUUUAACUUAAUAAAUGCUUAUUAUUGAUUUCUUUACAAAGAUUGUGUUCAAAGGAGUUUUUUCUUACUGGUCAUAGAGUCAGACUUUUAUAUUUUUUCUUAAAGAAGCCAGAACUUUUCUAACUUACCAUUUGAAAAACUGGCGCUUAAUUGGGUCAUUAAAAAUGUUCAGUGUGAUGACAGAUUUGAGGACAUUCAUUACCCAAUGUGAUCAUUUCCUCCAAAAGUAAUUAUUACUUCAAAGAUUUUCAUUUAUGUUUGUUUGUUUUUUUUAAUUUACCCACAGAAAUAUAUGUGCACUGUUUGUUUCAAAUGUAUUAUCUGUGCGAACAGUUGAAGAUAACUGAAAUAUUUAAAUAAAUGUGG